UGUUGAAUUGAAAGCUGCACGUUACGAUACUGGCUUGGAUCGACAGCUCAUGAGUGCCGUGAGAAGAGGUAAUGUGAAUAAAGUCAAAUAUCUACUCGCACAUGGAGCCAAUGUGGAUAUUGAAGAUGAAGACAAACUUACACCUCUUCUACGGGCUACUAUGGCUGAUCAUACAGCUGUGAUCAAAACCCUCAUCGAUGGGGGAGCCAAUGCUAAUUCGACAUCUGCAAAUAAAAAUACACCGCUUCAUUAUACCGCUGAGUGCGGUAACACAGAAGCGAUCAAGUACCUAGUCGACCAUGGAGCCAACGUAAAUGCUGAAGACGAUGACAAACGUACACCUCUUCAUCGUUCUGCACAAAAUG